CUGACAUGCCCUCCAGCAGGUUGCAUUCUGGGUUCUGUAGUAUCUGUCUUUACUUUCACUUUGGGUCGAUGGCGCAGUAAGAAUUCACUGCUGGUUUUUGAAACCAGCUGUUGGUUUCCAGCUGAGCUUCUUCUGGUGUUUCCACACAGUGACAGUAUGGCAGCCGCUGCAGAAUCUGAAGGGAGUAACAAAGUGAGGCCUCUGAGCCACAGCCACAGCUAUCAGUUUAUUCCCCCUACCAUGUCUGAGCUGAGGGUUGUUCUGCUGGGGAACAGCUGGUCUGAGAGGAGUUCAGUGGGGAACUUCAUACUGGGAGAGACUAAGUUCAACACUGAGGAAGAACCAGACAUAGUGACGGUCAAUGGACAGUUAGAGGAGAAAGAAAUAGUUCUCAUCAACACUCCAGAUCUGCUGCAUCCCAACAUCUCUCAUCACAAACUGACAGAACAUGUGAAAGACUGUGUGAGACUCUCUGAUCCUGGACCUCAUGUGUUCCUGCUGGUUCUACAGCCUGAAGACUUCACUGAGGAACACAAACUGAGACUACAAUCAAUCCUUGAACUCUUCAGUGAUCAAUCAUUUGAUCAUUCUCUGGUUCUGAUAUCAACACCCAGAGAGGAGAGUCCAGGGUUGAUAGAAAAAUACCUGGAACGUCCUCCAUUAAAAGACAUGAUCAUAAAAUGUAGAUACAGAUAUUUGAGGCAGAAGAACCUUGAACGUUCAGAGCUGUUAACACGCUUGGGUCAAAUUGUGAAGGAGAAUAAUGGAGAUCAUGUCUGCUGUGAACCUGAGGACCCAACAUCAACUUCACCAGCCUCUAGAUUCAGGAUUGUGCUGCUGGGAAAAUGUGAGGACAAACAGACACAACUUGGUAACAUCAUCAUCAGGGACCAAGCUUUUAAUUACCAAAAAACUUCCCCAACCAGGCAAUGUGUGGCUACCUGUGGAGAGUGGAGAGGAAAACCAUUAAUAGUGGUGAAAACUCCAGACAUCUUCAGUCUGUCUGUGGAGGCCGUGAGAAGAGAGAUGAAGAACUGUGUGACUCUGUGUCCUCCUGGACCAAAUGUUCUUCUGCUGUUAGUGAAACCUUCUGAUUUCACUGAGGAGAACAGACAAACACUGAAGUUCAUCCUGAGUUUGUUUGGUCAAGAUGCUUUAAAACACUCAAUGGUCAUCAUGACACAUGAGGGGAAAAAGAGUAAAACUGUUAAUGAACUCCUUAAAGACUGUGGAGGAAGACACUACAACAUGGUUGAAGACAACCACAGAUCAUUGAUGGAGAAGAUUAAAGAAACAGCAAAUAUGAGCAAUGAAACCCCACUGCCUGAGUCUGAACUCAUCAAACCAGCUUUAAACCUGGUUCUGUGUGGGAGGAGAGGAGCAGUGAAGACUUCAGCAGCCAAGGCCAUUUUAGGUCAGACAGAGUUUCAUUCAGUCUCCAACUCAUCAGAGUGUGUUAAACAUCAGGGAGAGGUGUGUGGACGUUGGGUUUCCCUGGUGGAGCUGCCUGCCUUGUAUGGAGAACCUCAGGAGGCAGUGAUGGAGGAAUCACUCAGGAGUAUCUCCCUCUGUGAUCCUGAGGGCGUCCAUGCCUUCAUCCUGGUCCUACCUGUGGGUUCCCUCACUGAUGAAGACAAGGGAGAGUUAAAGACCAUCCAGAACACAUUCAGCUCUCGAGUCAAUGACUUCACCAUGAUUCUGUUCACUGUGGACUCAGAUCCUACAGCUCCAGCUGUUGUUAACUUUGUGAAAGAAAACAGAGACAUCCAGGAGCUCUGUCAGAGCUGUGGAGGAAGAUAUGUUGUUCUCAACAUCAAGAACAAACAGCAGAUCCCAGAACUGUUGGACAUGGUGGAAGAAAAUACUAAAAAUAAACCACACUGCUAUACAACUGAAACAUUUGCACAUGCACAAAUGGAUAAAGUCAUACAACUUGAGAGGCUGAUAAAGAAGAACAAGAUCAGUGCAAAAAGUUCACCAGCGGACAGGUUAGAGCGGGAGUCUGACCUGAAAUCACAGAGAAAUGAACAACAUCAACAAUCAGGAUUACAGCUUUCUGUGACGUUUUCCUCAGGUACAGCAGUGAGCAGUGACCUACAGUCUACAGAGCCCAGUGAUGACGAGGAACGGAGUCCAGACUGUCUCAGGAUUGUGCUGAUGGGGAAGAUUGGCUGUGGAAAGAGCUCUUCAGGAAACACCAUUCUAGGAAGAAAAGAGUUUAAAGUUGAAUCGAGCCAAACAUCAGUCACUAUACGCUGUCAGAAAGAACAGAGUGAAGUUGAUGGUCGUCAGGUGGUUGUGGUCGACACUCCUGGUCUGUUUGACAAUAGUUUGUCUCAUGAAGAAGUUCAUGAGGAGAUGGUGAAAUGCAUCAGUCUUCUGGCUCCAGGACCACAUGUCUUCCUGUUGGUGUUAGAAAUUGGCAGAUUUACACCAGAGGAGAAGGAGACAUUAAAACUUAUCAAGGAAAGCUUCGGGAAGAAUUUUGAGAAGUUCACCAUCAUUCUUUUAACUGGAGGAGAUACACUGGAAGAUGCUGAGAUAUCCAUUGAAGAAUACAUUGAAAAGAAGUGUGAUGAUUCCUUUAAGAAGCUGAUCUCUGACUGUGGAGGAAGAUACCAUGUGUUUAAUAACCGAGAUAAACACAACCGCACACAGGUCAGUGAGCUGAUAACCAAGAUUGACACCAUGGUGAAGGGAAAAUGGAGGCAGCUGCUACACUAAUGAGCUGCUGCAAGAGGCUGAAGCUUCAAUAAAGAAAGAAAUGGAGAGAAUCCUGAAGGAGAAGGAAGAAGAGAUGAAGAGAGAGAGGGAGGAGCUUCAAAGAAAACAUGAGGAAGAAAUGGAAGAAAUGAAAAGACGAAUGGAAGAACAGAAAGCAGAAACUGAAAAAGAGAGAAAAC